AAAUGACCUUGGUCACUUGCUGUGUCGGGGGAGAACUCUCCUUACUCUCUCUCUCUCUCUCUCUGUCCUCAUCGUCCUCUCUCUCUCUCUCUCUCUCUCUCUCUCUAUCCCAAACUCUCUCGGUCUCUCCCUCCUUCUCUCUCCCUCUUUUAUUGCCCUCCCUUGAUGUUAAACAGGAUGUCUCCAUGGAUACAGGCGUAAACAGAUGAUAACAAGCCCUCGGCCCUUUAAAGCUCAUAUGAGUGCUGGAGUUUACAGGACGUGUGCAGUGCAGGACCAGUGUGUAGACGCAGCAGCAGCAGCAGCAGCAGCAGCAGCAGCAGCCAAGGGUAGUCUGCAGAGGGUUUCCCAGGAUGGCCGAAAGCACAGACAUGGAGCAGCUUCUGAACUCCUUCAAGAAGUUUGCCAUCCAUGGAGACACCAAAGCCACCGGAAAGGAUAUGAAUGGCAAGAACUGGGCCAAGCUCUGCAAAGACUGCAAGGUCAUCGAUGGCAAGAGCGUCACCGGCACGGACGUCGACAUCGUCUUCACAAAAGUCAAAGCAAAGACAUCAAGAGUUAUCACCUAUGAAGAGUUUCAGAGGGCUUUAGAGGAGCUGGCCCCAAAAAGGUUCAAGGGAAAAAGUAAAGAGGAAGCUCUUAAGUCUAUUCACCAGCUGAUAGAGGGAAAAGAGCCCACCAACGCUGGAGUCACGAAAGUGGCCAAAACAGGAGCGGUGGACAGACUGACCGACACUACAAAGUACACAGGCUCUCACAAGGAGCGCUUUGACGACUCGGGCAAGGGCAAAGGCAAAGCCGGUCGGGAGGAGUUGGUGGAGAACACAGGCUACGUGGGCGCUUACAAGAACGCCGGGACGUACGAAGAGAAAACCAAGGACAAUUAGGGCCCGCAGAGCAGCAGACAGGAGAAGUGGAGCUCCUUCUUCAGCACUUAGGUCUGGACCAAACAGCUGAACUUUGACCCUGCAAGAUGGCCGCAAAGCUGACCAAUGGGGACAUGAUCCCCCUGACCAACUGGGAUGUGGUGACUGUACAAAAAAAGCUUUGAAAUCUUUAAGAUGUUCUACAGCUACAUUCUGUCAUUUGAGCAGGAGGUACUGUACACCUGUACUCUUAAACGGUGAUGAAGCACAAAGAAGCCCAGGCGCUGAACGGGAGAGUCAGUUGAAUUUGGGUGACUCCACUUAAAUUGCAGCCAAAGUGAAUUAAAAUGUAUUCGUGUUUUGCAUUCUGAAAUGUGUGCACUGUGUUCAUGAAUCAAACAAAUCUGUAAAUAAACCCCAACAGUACGUGUGCUGUAAUUGCAAUGGUUCAUUGGACGUGCAGUGACGAAAUAAUUGAUAUGUGUGACCAAAAACAGAUUGGAUUUUUUGGUGGAAAUAAGACAUUAAAAGCAGCUUAAUUAUGCAGACAGAUUUCCCACAACCAAGCCAAGUUCAAUGACUCACUUUACAGCUUUUUUUCUGCUUCCAAACAUUUUGCUUUUUACUUCACAAACACAACAGCUAACACGGCAUGUUCUGUAGCUUUUGAUUUCUGUGUCUUUUUCUGACUUAUAAUUGUACUCUGGAGGUGAUGCAACUGGAAAACAAAUGUGUUGAAAGUGAAGAUCUGUCAACUUUUUUUUCACUCUUGUUGUGUGUUUCAAUGAUUCUUCGAGUUUAAAUAAAUGAAAUGAAAUGAAAUGAAAUGUUUAUAAUGGCCUUGUUUACAGUUUAUUUUGUAUGACAGAUAA